CCUUCGCGUCGCAGAGCACCGAGAACGGUGUACGGUCGCUCCGGACAGCGCCAGCUUCAGUGUCGUUCCGGCCACGGUCUCGUACGGUCGCGUUCACGGCGAAAGAUCACGCUCUCGCUCUCCUUCGGUCUUUUUCCCGGUCUACUUUCGCCCCGUGAGACGCCGCGCUCGUCUCGGCGAGCCGAAGAUUCGAUUGUUCUCGGCGUUAACGAGGGUCGUUAAAGAUGGGCUAGAUCGAGGAGCGGCUUUCAUCCGUUCAGCCGCGGCCACAUCAAGAUCGUCGGAAUAAUGUGUCGUGACAAGUAGAGCAACGUAGAAUUGGAAUUGUCGAGUGGGCAGUGUCGAGUCGAAUCUAUCGUCAGAGAUAUACCGUGCGGUUGACAGCACCGGUGGCGUUGGUGGUCCGCGGGCAUUGUAAGAUGAGCCCGGCCUCCCAGGGCGCCCUGGAGGUGGAGCGUUACAUCGGCAGCUGUCUCAUCUCGUCCAACGUGCGCGCUGGACUGCACGGAAAGCCCGCGACCGUCUGCCGGAAGCAGGAACAACCAGCGACGGUACGCGGCGCCAAGGCCCGCGGCUGUUACAAUAAUGGAGCGCAGGGUUACUCCGGACUGGCCGAUCAACAGCAGUGUCAAGUGCAGUACGGCGGUCCUGGCGGCUGGACGGGCGCGCCAUUGAUAUCGAUGACGUCGAGCCCGCGCAGAUGUAAUCAGCGAUUAUCGCCGUCGCUGGGCCAACAGCAGCAGCAGCAGCAGCAACAGACAACCUGCUGUGCCGAUCAACAGCAGGUACCGCCAGGCGGUCAUUUGCAUAAGAGUCCUCUGUCCAGGCUGGCGAUUCACACGCAGGGCGCGCCUUUGAUCUUAGCCGGGCGAUUCUACAAUCGCGGCAAGGUACAUGGCAACAACGGUGGCAAUUCCAAUGGCACCGUUAACACUCUCUGCGGCAAUGCCGUUGGCAGUUACGUUCAUAAUAACGCGAACUCGUCCACGACGAGUAACGUGAACGGCUCGACGAGGUGUCCGGCGUCGCGAAUCGUCGCUCAAAGGCCACCGGAGACCUCCAUGAAGAAAUCUGGAACGAUUUCCGCGAAUUCAAAGAUGCCGAAUCCCGACUGUCCCUCCGCUGCGGGAAAGGAGAACGCCGGUUCCUCGAGUAUUGCGAACAUCGAUUCUCUCAGUAUCGCGAGCGACGAGAGUUCUGGGUCGAACAACUCGGAGAACAGCCUACCGCGCAUAAUCAAGCCUCGCAAACGUCGAAAGAAGGAUCGCAAGCCGCCGAAUAACGUCGUCGCGAACGGCAUCGACGCGGCGAAAUCGGAGGAGCCGGUAAUAACGCAGCGUCAACAGUCCUCGGGUUGCGGUAACGGAGUAUCCGGGGAACAGAGCGUCGUCGUCAAGUACGCGCCAACCUGCUACGAACCGAGGAUUUACGAGGCGGUCGCGCCGCAUCUCAGGAAUUACCGGAGGCCACCGGUCGGCCAUCGGGAGACUGUCUACGGCGGCUGUAGAGCGCCGUCGAUGCAGAUGGAGAUGGCGGACGUCAGGCAGCAACGGUACGCGCAUCAUCGGCACCACGUGCAAGUGAAAGUGCUAGACGACAACCGUAACGUGGUCGCGGCGCCGAUGCGUGCCGCAGCGGCGCCGCCCAAGGGCUACCGGCAUCAUCAUCACGCCAACGGUAACGGAAACUGUAACAGCGGUCUGCCGCGACGUUACGUUCACGAGUACGCGGGCGAGUCCUGCGAGGCCGCCGCGAGGGAGGACGGUCUGGGCCCGUGUCAGUGCCGAUACUGCGAUCCGGCCGGUCUGAUCUGGGACGUCGACCGGAACGGUUACUCGCCGUUCUUGACGGCGCCGUCGCUGUCGGUUCCACCGCCCUCGUCGUCAUCGUCCCCGGGGGUCGAUUAUCGUCACGGCGGGCAUUUCGGUCAGAUGCCGCUGUUUCUCACGCCGCCGUGUUCGAAUCUACAGGAACGCGCGCUCGAUAGACUGUUCGACGAGCACUCCCGAUCACAGGACGACGGUAGAGAGUCCGUUGUGGGGCCCGGCGGCGUGGUUUUGAGACGCAGCUGGAGCGAUCCGACGAGUUACUUCAGCUACGGCGAGGAGAUUGUCGCGCCGACGAGGGACGUCGGCGUCAUCGGCGAUCGCGGAGGCCAGUCCGAGAGCGGGAAACACAAACGGACCCUCUGGCGCGGGGACAGCAUCGGCGGCGCGCCGACGAGCUCGUCGACGGGAGCCAACGGUGCGAGUCCGAACACUGUUGGCGGACCUGCCGCGUCCCCGAAGGGUCUCGAGGUCUCCACCGAGAUCAUCACCUCGCCCAACGGCCACCGCGACCUGGAGAUCAAGUUCUACUCGUCGCCGUCGCCCGCCGAACGUCUCGUCGAGGAGGACAAGUCGUCGAGUCUCGUCGACGAAGCCGAGGACGACGAGCACAACGGCGACGGCGACUUUAGCGACAUAUGGAGUUACCACGAGUCGAAGCUGCAGCAGGACUUCCGCACGUUGCUACAGGCGGAGGAGUGAUGGGCCGUUUCGUCGACUUAUUAUUACUUCUCUCGAAGUGUCCACGUGCGUUCGCGGUCUCGUAAACUCGCUCGGUGGAGUGCGAAGUGAGAGCGAAGCGACGACGACAACAACAAUAAUAAUAAUAACAUCGAUAAAAACACGGAGCAAAAAAUAGAGUGCGUGGAUGUUGACGACGAAAAGUGUUUGGCAUCUCCCGAAGCGGGUGGAAAAAAAAAUACGACGACAUUUACUUCGCCCAUCCGUCGCGCGUAAACACAACUCGCCCGAGUCUCGCGACGUCGCUUUUAUGUGCGGUCGAGGGUCUUGGGCCAAGUGUCCCGACACCGUAUCGUUUUAUGAAGCGCGAAGCCGCGAAACCUCGACGAGACAACAACAACUACGACGAAGAAGGCGAUAACGACGACUACGACGACGACGAAGGGCGGCUUUUCAUCGUUAACGGUGUUCGUAGUAACUUUGCACGCGACGCGAUACCGGAUGGAUCAUCGCUUCGACGCUUCUUCUCGAUGACGUUUCGCGUAGCGAAGUGAAUUGACUCUCAGACGCAACGAGAGACGGUGCGUCGAACGUAGCCUUGUCGCGAGCGUGUUAGUCCGAGGGAGAUGGAAAGAAUGCGUAUUCGCGCGUGUAACGACUGCAUCUAUCAUGCGUCUUAAACGUAAUGAAUUUUUCUUGUAGUGGGUCGUAGUACAACGAUCGUCUCGGUUGUAUAAGCAACAGUCGCUCGUAUACAUAUGUUUACGCAAGUGCUUUUUAUGUCCCGCUUAUGCAAGUUUUCGCUCGGAGAUCCGGAGGUGGGAAUUAUUAAUUGAGUUAGUUUAUCGUGGGAAGAAACUCUGUCCGUUGUCCGGAAAAUAAUUACGCUGUAUAUUUUACAAAAUCGUUCCAUCGCACGACUGUAUGGAUCGUGUAAUCGAUCCAAUUUGCGUCGCUCGAUUAAAGAGCACCGAGUAAUAAAUUCUAUCGACUUAUAAAUAUGUAGCUAUAAAAAAUGCUUAGGUAAUGCCGGUUGGCUUAAUCGCGGUUUAAUUACGUAUCGAUUCUAUGCGUGGAGUAGCCACUUUCUCUUUAUUUUCGUAACUCGUAUUUUCGAACAACGACAGUUGUACUACGACUUACGACGAGAAAUCGUGCGUUAAAAGAGGCCAGGAAACGAUGACAACGUAAGAAUAGAAAUAAAAAAUGCAUAAACAUUUCUGAUAUUUUAUGUAUUAUCAAUCAGAAUAUUGAAAUGCUUUCAACCGUGCUCUUCGGUAGACGCGGGGCCAUCGCUCAUGUCUUUUAUUCCUCCGCUACAUCUGUUUUCCGAUCGAUUUCCCAUUCGAUGAUUUUAUCUCAUCUAUCGUAAAUUUAUUCCAUUUCCUUUUCGCCCUCCGACGUUCGAUUCUUAUUUUUCAUCGUGUCUUGGCUACUUAAUUAGAAGUAUGUAGAAUACUAAAUCGUCGCCGCUUUGCGCGUAAUUAAGCAGCGACUAUUUUUCUUGAUGUUCGUUAAUUACAAAAAAGCGACGAUUUGUAUGUAUUCUACACGAACGCGCGACACUUUCUUUAAUCAUCUGCGUCGCGAGAAGUUAAAUCGUCUCGACCAAAUUUGAUUUAUAGUUUUACGCAUCUCUCGACGCGUGAAACUUUAUUCAAUUACGUCAGUCAUAUCAGAAUAGCUCGAGAGAACGGCAGCCUCGCGUCGCGAAGUCUAGAGGACGACGUCUAGAAGAAGCGCCCGGGGAAAGCACCGUGCCAGCCGCGAGGGGGUUAAUCGCGAGGGUUAAUCGCGAGAUGCACUCGGGCCCGCGCAUCGUCUCGCCCCGCAAGAGCGGCGAAGUGUACCGGCUUUUUCUCGCCGCCACCGUUCAAGACGAGUAGCGGCGACGUGACCGUUUAAAACGUAACGUAGCAAUUAAUCGGAGGAACGAUGAACGGUCCGGUCCGGCCGCUAGCCGAUCGUAAUCGACGUCUGCGCCUUCCACCCCUCUCUCUCCUCUCUCGCGGCCGAUAGUAGGUCGAACUGUCGGAGAGGAUCUUCUUCUUCUUUUUCUUCUUCUUCUUCUUUCUCUUUCUCCUUCUUCCCUUCCCGAGGGGCUUGCCUCGCGUGAAAGGAGCUACCGCCUUCGUAUUAGUAAUUCCGUUUAAUCGCGCGCGCUAUCACCGUGUUUUAUCGGAUAACUCGGCACAACGGUUCAGCUCGUUGACUUGAUAACCGGGCGGGCUGCCUCGCCGCGAGUUCGUAACAUUGUUACGCGUCCCACCUUCCUCUUCUUGCGCGCCGUUUACCGUUGCCUCUCUUAAAUAACGGCAGACGGAUCGGAUAAACUCGUUAUUGAUUUGUCCAAUAUCAAUACUUUAGAAGCGGGACUAUCGUCGUUGUCGUUUCGCCGCGACUUGAAACUGGAUGGGAGAGAUAUUGUCGCACGUUCCGUUACCGGAUAUCUGUCUCUCGCCACUCGAUAACUGAAGUCUAUAACGUUCGCUUUGAGCGUGGAAUUAAAUUGUAAUUAGCAUACUUUUGUAUUCUUCUCUUUCGCGAUGAAACUUGCGCAGUUAUUUCGAAUUCUCUUUUUAUCUUUAAAUAAUGCGAUUAUGUAUAAUACUUUCAUAUCUAUUUAUAUCUAAAGGAAUCGAGAUUAUUUUUUCCAGUGUCGAUAAGGAUCCUGAAAAAUGACUAGAAAACUCGUUUCUCUAUCAAUUUAUUAUCAGACUUAGGUGACUUCCGUUAAUUUUUCGAAAAAUAUAAUCGAUCGCAAUCUCCGCGCUUAUCGCAACGAUCGGGACAGGUCGAAGCUCUCGAGAUCGUGCGAGGGUGGAAGGUGCGGCAGGAAUUACCACGGCAGGAUCAAUCUAUAUAAACUCGAGAUACGCUAUAUCUAUAUUAAAACGAAAGGCCAUCGCGCAGAUUUACACAGAUCGUAGAAGCGAGUAAACGUAGAAGCGAGUCGGGCGGUCACACACACGUACACGUGCAAGGUCCGUGUCGCGAUCUAUGUCGUGAUAGGUCGACUCGUUCUUCUGUAAAUCUGCGCUCGAUGAUCGAGAGAACGUCGGUCGAGGAGACCGACCGCGUGCGACGAACCCUGCGUCAUUUUGUAUGCGAUAUACGAAGACUAUACCACCUUAUCUCCCCGCUCCCCUUCCGCGUUCCCCCACAAUAUACAUGUCAACCAGAGACAAACAAAACACGCAUUACUACGCGAGCCACCACAGCAUUAUAACACGUUAUCAUCUUUACCAUACACAUACGGGCACAGACACACACACACACACACGUACAACCAAUCAACCACCUAUCGUUAGACCGUAAGUUUAGAAUCUAAGACGAUCCACUUAGAUUAUUAUCUCCGUUGUCUAUAUGUGUAUAGAAGAAAUCGCGUGAAGACGGUUCGCCUUUUGUUGUCACGAUUUCGGAAUACGCGAUGGAAAAACGACGACGAGACACGACCGGGAAUCUAAUCGAAUGAAUGUUGUUUUGCACGAUAUGUGUCUCCUUUUGGAGAAAUGGAGCAAAGAGAAAGGAUAAAUAUAUUAUAAUGAAUAAAACGUGAGAAAAAUACAGAGAAUAAAAUAAAAUUAUUGCAUCAUCUCUUUAUAAAAUGCGAUGACUGAGAUAACUAUAUAUAUAUAUACAUACACACACAUAAUAUAUAUAGGAAUCGGAAGUUUGAUGUUCUAGUUUUCCAAAGUAUACACGCGGUGGAAUCACUCAUGAAUAUUUAUAGCUGCCGUUUCUCCAAAAAGAAGCGCGCGCGGAUUAAACUAGGAGGAAACCGAUGAAAUCUUGUUAGUAUUCAGUACACACUCGCAGCGUCGGGAAUACGAGGGUAGGCCGUAAAAAUUCUCCAAUGACGACUACAACGACGUCCGUUUAGGCUGUAACGGGUGUGCGCUUUGUGCCAAGUUGGACGUGGCGAGCGUGUGUCCCGAACGAGAGUGCGAAGAAUGAUAUUAGCAAUAUUUCUCUCUUGCCGGCGAGUCGCACGUUGCGGCAAGUUUUAUCGCCAAGUGGUGGCAGAUAAAUAUUUUCCUUGGUUCCCCUUGUUAAGGCAGAGUAUGCGCGCGACGCAUCGAUAAGGGAGAGAAAGAAAGAGAGAAUGAUUAUGCUUUAAUAACAUCGUCGUCGAUAUUUUUCUUCGGGAAUUCUUACUAUUGGUCGCGUCCGAGAAAAAAGGUUUGCCGCUCGCAAAUAUCUGUUCGUAUUUUAUCCGAUUGCACGCGAUUUUUGUUGAUGCUGUAUCGACGUAUAUUUUCGGUUAUAUUAUAUACAAUGCCUCUGCAUGAAUGCGCUAUAUGAAUGCAUCGAAUGCAGUGUCCGGCGGAAAGAGUGAAACACGGUAAAACCAAAUAUAAAUCGAGUGACAGGAGCCUGUUUUAAAAGUCAAUCCGCAAAAACUUUUCCUUCUGCAUAGAAUCGGUCUUUUGUAUUAAAAGUAUUAACGAAGACGCGCCCGAAUCGCUUACUAGAUUUAAAUGAAAGGAUUAAAGGAAGGGAAUUUACAAUCGCAUAAGUUUUCGUAGUACACUUCAACUCGUUUACAAGUUGUCGCUUUUGCUACAAGCGUUUCUGCACAAAUUUCCUUCGUUCGUCUUAUGAAAGUUACGGCUUCACUUUGGUAACUUUGAUAACUCGACAAUAAGACUUGUAACGCACUUUUGCGCAUUGUAAUACUGUAAAAAAUAUUCCUAUAAUGCAUCCAUAUUCUCGAUUUGACAAACAGUGCAGCUAUUGUGAACAAAAAUUUGUUGCGCGAAAAAGAAAAGAUUAUAUAAGGCGUUAUUAUCACGAUCUCUUCGCGAGAAAUAGCGACCUUAAUUUGAGAAAAUUAAAGUGUCCUCUCGAUUUGAUUGACAUGAUAUUUGCUGAUUUAACUUGUUACGAAUUCGUUUUCUGGCGACGAAAGUGACCUAAUUUACUUAUCGGUCUAAUGCUAAGAAAUUUGUUAAGACACGUUGCAUAAAAAUUGACAAACAAAUGAAGUUGAUAGACAUAGAAAUAGAUAAAUAGGUAGGUUGAUAGAUAGAUAGAUAGAUAGAUAGAUAGAGAGAGAGAGAGAGAGAGAGAGAAAGAGUGAGCGAGAACGAUAUAUAAUUUGUUUUUUGGAAAACAAUGCCAUUGUUGAAUAUGCUUUGAAAGAUAUUUUCGUUAUCUGCUGUUUUAAAAGUUACAAUGUUGUAUGAAAGAUGAAAGAAUUUUUUUUAUAUGCCAUUGUUAUAAAUAUUUGCGAUUUUUAUUUACCGAAUGUCUAAAGAAUAUGACGAAGAGUGACAAACAUUGGAGAAAAUAACUACUGCAAAUAUUGAAAAAUGGGAAAUGAAGAGAUUUAAAAAAAAAGAUGGAAAAAUGAGAAAAAGUUAAUAGGAUUGUGAAACGCUUGAUAGUGAGAUAGUUCGUCGACAGAUCCUGCGGUUUUCUAAAGUUUGAAUUUCGAUAUUACUGCUUUUUCUUUUCUCGUGAGAGAAAAUUACAAUUUACAUAGUUCAAAAAAAAAUGAACGAAACUCACAAUUCAGAUCCCUAGAGAUAAUUGUGUAAAAUAUUUGUACAAAAUAGACUCGCUGGAUCGUCGACACAUAUUUAUAUUUUCAUUGUUACUUAACUAAUUAUUUCCCCGGCUCCGAUGUCGUUUUUCCCGAUCGCUAGUCUAGUGAUCGUUUCAGAAAUCGUGCUUUCCGCCUGAUCUGAUCUCUGACGAAGGCAGAGGGAGAGACUCGAAAACAGCCGAAAUGGAGAGAGUUCAAUGAACGUGAUUUAAAUUGAUUCUUUAUCGAUAUCUUUUUCUUUCUUUCUUUGUUCUCUUUUUCGUCCCCAUGUCGGCCGUCGAUCGUUUUUGGAUUCUCUCACCCUCCUGCUUCUUCUUUAUGUAUUUAUUUCACUCAUCGUCAAUUGACGUUAAUAACGUAUUGUGAUAAUGCAACGAUAUAAUACAUACAUGUAAACAUACACAUCUACACAUACACACACAGAUACUCGGCUCCGCUUCGUCGUAAUAGACUGAUCAACCAAGCCGACCUAUCAGCGUCGCCUAUAGUGCUAUGUCGCACUAACUCGAAUCAUAUUGUUUGGAGAAAUCAAUAAAAACGUCUUUAAUUUA